ACACACACACACACACACACACAGUGAGAGCGAGGCCCCUGAUGACACGUGAACACACACACUCAGUCCUCAGAAUGACACAGCUCUGAUCGGAGGGAGGUGAUCUCUGAAAUUGCUCAGUGAGCACCCCUAAUUUCCCUGAUUUACGAUAAAUCGCUGUCAAUCACACCCAAUGGAAUCCAAUCAGAAAGCAGGCGUGGACGCACUGGCGGGGACGCAGAAGGAGGCGGCGCUGCAGGCGCUCACUCAGCGCACCGGAUACCAGCUACGACAGGAGAACGGGCAGCGGCGGUACGGCGGUCCUCCUCCGGACUGGGACGGCACUCCGCCAGAGAGAGGCAGCGAGAUCUUUGUGGGCAAAUUACCCAGAGACCUGUUUGAAGAUGAACUGGUGCCACUGUGUGAGAAGUUUGGCAAAAUCUACGAGGUGAGGAUGAUGAUGGACUUCAACGGGAACAACAGGGGCUACGCCUUCGUCACCUUCAGCACCAAACAGGAGGCCAAAACAGCCAUGAAGCAGCUCAACAACUAUGAGAUCAGGAACGGCCGCCUGCUCGGAGUUUGUGCCAGCGUCGACAACUGCCGUCUGUUUGUUGGCGGGAUUCCCAAAACCAAGAAGCGCGAGGAGAUCCUGACUGAGAUGAGGAAGGUCACCGAUGGAGUCAUGGACGUCAUCGUGUAUCCGAGCGCCGCUGACAAGUCCAAGAACCGAGGCUUCGCUUUUGUGGAGUAUGAGAGCCACCGAGCAGCCGCCAUGGCUCGCCGCAAACUGCUGCCAGGUCGUAUCCAGCUAUGGGGUCACGCCAUCGCUGUGGACUGGGCCGAGCCGGAGGUGGAGGUGGACGAGGAUACCAUGGCAACCGUCAAGAUCCUGUACGUCAGGAACCUGAUGCUGCAGACCACGGAGGAGACCAUCGAGAAGGAGUUCAACAACCUCAAGCCAGGUGCGGUGGAGCGAGUGAAGAAGAUCAGAGACUACGCCUUCGUCCAUUUCACUCAGAGAGAAGACGCCGUCAACGCCAUGAACGCUCUCAACGGAAAGGUGCUGGACGGCUCUCCCAUCGAGGUGACGCUCGCCAAACCGGUGGACAAAGACAGUUACGUCCGUUACACCAGAGGGACGGGAGGACGAGGAAGCUCCGUGCUGCAGCCCGACUACGCUGCCUACACACUGGGACAGAUGUACGACCCGUCGGCAGCGUAUCUCGGUGCUCCCGUGUUUUACGCCCCGCAGGCUUACGCUGCCAUACCGGGUCAGUUCCGCUUCCCGCCGGCCAAAGCUCACGUUGGAGGUCGAGGUCUGAUCCGGACGCCGUCGGUCAGAGAAAUUUACAUGACUGUACCUGUAGGGGCUGCGGGGGUGCGGGGGCUGGGUGGGCGGGGCUACCUGGCCUACGCUGCCGGGGGCGGAGCCGUUGGCCGAGGAGCCAGCGGCGGUGCCUCCUAUGGUCUGAAGGCGGACAAGCAAGCGGAGGAGAAGCUGUACGACUUGCUGCCGGGUAUGGAGCUGACACCCAUGAACCCUGCUGCCAUGAGCAUGAAGGCUGCCGCUAUCAAACCGGCACCACAGGUUCUGGAGGAGUUGUGUCAGAAGAAUAACUGGGGUCAGCCGGUCUAUCAGCUCCACUCUGCCAUCAGUCCGGACCAGAGACAGCUGUUCCUCUACAAGAUCACCAUACCGGCUCUAGCUACUCAAUACCCCAACGUUCAUCCCUUCACGCCUACUAAGCUGUGUGCAGCUGUAGAAGAGGCCAAGGUCCACGCAGCCGAGCACACGCUACAGACUCUCGGCCUGCAGACAGAGGGCGCCGCUGAUGCCGCCUGCGCUACUGCUGCCGCUGUGGCUUCAGUAGCCUUCCCAGGUUUCACUCUGGCUAGCCCGGCGUCGUCAGCGGUCGCCUCCCAGCUGAAGCAGGCUGUAUCUCUGGGUCAGGACCUCACCGCCUACACCACCUACGAGGGCUACCCUGCAUUUGCCGUGACGACACGCCACAGCGACGGAUACGGCGUUUUUUAGAACAGCGGUUCCCAAAGAGGCAAAAACGCUUGCAGCUAAACUGCAUUCUCAUUAUUCUGCUUUUAUUUUGCCCCUUUUACAUUUAAAUCAGUGAGGCAACAAUAAUUAAGAGGAACGUUUUCAAUUCCAAAGCAAAACUGGUUCCAAUAUUAAAUUUAAAUAUUUCUACAAAGGAACAGAAGCAGAAUAGUGAGAAUGCUCCUUUAUGCUGCUGGUCACAUGGUGAGAGCUCUCCAACUAAAACUGCAGUUUUUAUGGGGACUCAAAAAAGUGAUAUUUUCCACAACACCAGGGUUCAACUAGUGAGAAACACUUUUAAAAAACCGCUGCUGGAAAACGUUUCGGACUCGUCGGUCACUCACCUGUCACAUCUCUCACCUUUCCUUUCCUUCAGAGUAUCUGCCUCUGCCACAUAUCUGUGAUCGUUCUGUGAUUGAUUAAGUAGCUGGCUUGGUUUGAAUCAAUUUUAAUCAGUUAAUAUGUUUUUGGUUUGUUUGUUUUAGCAGCUUUUAGUUUGUUUGCAUGUCUUUAGUAUUAUGUUUACAAUAUUCAGAAAGUAAAUUUAGUUAAGUUUAAUGUUUUUGAUUCAUAAUUCUGCAUUAAUAUCAAUAAGAUAUCCUGGAUUUGUAGUUCUUUUGAAAGUCUGUCAAUGUUGGAAAAGCAGAGUUUGGUUUUGCACCACUCUGCGUCUCCUGACAGUCUGGUGAGCAUGAAAAUAAUCUGUAGAUUGUUUAUGAGGAAUCAAAAUUUAAAUGUCAUAAUAUAUCAGGAAAAGACGUUUGGAGAAAAUCUUUUAGUUCUGAAAAAUGUGAAUAUUAAUUUUUGUUUUUUUAGAUUGAGAAAAUGCCCAGUCAGCUUUAUUUUGACUACCUGUGAGCCUCAAGAAAGUUUCCCUUUUGGUUGAUCUUUCUUUUUCGUGUUUCAGUAUUCUUUUCAUGUUCACAUCACGUGUUGUUGGUCCUGCUUCUCCGUUUUCUGUUCACAAAGAUCGUACAACUAGCCUCGUUCCAUCUUCAGCUACACUAACGUUAAUAUUCCCUUCAACGCUUGGUCAAAGGUGCUCUGUGCAAGUUUUGACUUUUAGUAUUUUACCACUUGAUCUUCAUACGAGGUCACACAUUCACAUUUUUGUUUCUUUUUCAGCUCUGCUCAUCUUUUUGCAGAAUCGAUGACUAAAGCUCCCAAACAGAAAAGAUUGAUAAGAAUAAAAUGCAGAAGAAAAAAAAAAUCACACAUAAAAGUGAAAAUAAGAAUUUGUCAACUCGUUGAAACCAUCCUGUUUUAUAAAUGAAUUAACAUCAAAGUGACAAAAGUGGAAAUUAAGGUUGCAACUGACCAUUAUUUUCUGCAUUGAUUCAUAUCUUAAUUGAUUCUUUUGGUCCAUAAAACAGUGAGUGUCUUAGUUUGAUCGAAACCAUUAAAUUUUCAGCUUUUUUGUUUAGAAAAAAGGAAUUAACGAUUAUUUUUUAUCUGUCGACUCUUGUGGGAUUUCUCGGUUUGCAUUUCAGUGAGAUAAACAGUAAUGAUCUGCUGGUGGUGGCGAUGAGUAUGAGCCGUGUGACUGUGACAUCGUCUGCUUUCUGAUGAUAAAGACGACAAACAAACAGCAGCAGCACAGAUCGUUCAGUCCGACUUGAUUCUUAUUUUUAUUUCUUUAAAUGUUUCUGGAGUUUUACGACUGACGACGCACGCCGACACCUGAGCUGUGAACAUGCCGAAGCAGAGACAGUAUUAAAGUGUGUGAAGCACUUAGAACUUAUUUUUAUACCAGGAAAAAAAAAGAAAUAUCCAGACACUAUUUGUAUAGAGUUAUUUUGCAUUCUUUGGACAUAAAAAAAUAUUUGUCUCCAUAAUUGACCUGGAAAUGAAAACAUGUGAAACUGAAUCAGAGUUUGAAAUCAGAACUAAUCUGUGAUGUGAGAGCAGAGAGAAUUGUGGGUAUUCUGGAGGGUUAUUAGAUCACAAAAGGAAACUGCUUUGAUAAAUUGUGAUGUUUCAUGAUUGAUAAUCUUGUCUAAAUAAAGAAACUAACAAAAAAACAAA